AUGUUCAAGUCAAAGUUGCAAGAAUUGUGUCACCAGAAAAAAUGGGCUCUGCCAAUAUAUUCAUGCAUCAAGGAUGGAGCAGAGCAUAGCCCACAAUUCAAAGCUUCAGUUGUUGUUAAUGGCAUCAACUUUGAUUCACCCAGCAUUUCUAAGUCCUUGAAAGAAGCACAUAAUGAGGCUGCUAAAUUGGCUUUCCUCCACUUCACUUCUGAUGAAAAAGCUAUUGUUGAAGGAUCAAAGACUGAACGAAGGUUGAAGGGCAGAGAUAUUAAUUCAAAUGCUUUGAGCAAUGAAGCUGGUCCAGACAUCGAACAAGCACUGAAGGAUGGGGCUAUAAAUAGUAGCGAAGAUGAAGUGCAACAAAAUUACAAGAGGAAGCUGCAGAAGUAUGCUCAGACAAAGAAACUUGAUUUGCCCUUAUACCGUACUAAGAGAGUGGAGCAAUCUGUUGCUCUUUGCUUCACAGCGAAAGUUUUAGUUGGUGAAGAUAUCUUCGAAAGUCCAGGAUUCUAUGAGACUACAAAAGAUGCAGAGGACGCUGCUGCACAGGCUGCACUAACAUCGCUGACAAUGGAUGCCUUUCGCAAGAGUGAUGAUAAUAUGUACAAGAAUCUGCUGCAAGAAUUUGCUCAGGAGAAUGGGUUUUUCUUGCCAAAAUACAAAACUAUGAAAUCUGGUGAGGAUCAUAAGUCAACAUUCUUCUCAACUGUGGAAGUAGAAGGAGAAAUUUUCCAUGGGAAUCCGGAGAAGUCCAAGAAGCUGGCAGAGUUUAGUGCUGCAAAGAUUGCACACACUGCUUUAAUGCAGGGAAAAUCCUAUUUGAUGGAUGAUAAUUCAUCUAUUUCCUCAAAGGAUGAAAUUCUUGAAGUUGCUUCUAGCUUGGACUCACUCAUCUUUAGUGAUCAGCAAAGGAACUCCAAUCCUGGAACUCAGGCUGAUGAAAGCAAAGAUUCUUCAAGCAAGAAGACCACAGAAGAUAUCAAUACAUACCUGCUAUGUAACAGGGUCAGAGUGUAUACAUGCAUUCCAGAGAUGAACUUUUCCAAGGGCAAUGUAGCACUACCAAUUGCUGAGGGCAAGUGGGCAGUUGUGAACUUGGAGUUCCCCAAUGAAAAAGAUGCAUAGCCAUUACUUCCUAUUAUGAGAGUUUAUAUGCCUUGGUAUCAUUAAUUUCUGUUACUAU